UCAGCAGUUUACAGUUUUACACUUUACAGUUAACAAGCACCACAGUCAUUAUUGUCAUCUUCAUCAAAACGUGGUAACUUUUACAGUUUGACCUACCAAUCUACCAUUUGUUUUUACCCCACACGGUGUAUAAAUUUUAGUGCGGCCUUCAACAUUGCUCCUCUUCAGUCUUCACUGCAAAGCUCGUUCGCUCACUCGCUCUGGCUAGCCCUAACUUCUUUACUGCAGUAGUUUGUAAUCUGAAGCACGUCUACCAUAAGGCUGUAUGUAUAUAUAUAUAUCAACUCACAUUCGUGUUUUUUACACUAUGUUUAUUUAUCUUCAGUUCAAGUCGGCAAAUGACUCAAAAUACAAUCACUGCACACUCCUGAAAUUCUUUAUGAGAAUCCCGAUUUUGGAUAUCUUCUUUUUGCUGAUAUGUGUAAUUCCCUUCUUUCUCUAUACAAAUUAAUUGUUGCUCUGUAUUUGGCCUGUUUAUGCUAAGCUAUCUGACUAUGGAGGAGCCAGACAGAAUAAGUGAACUCCCUGCAGAUAUACUUGACAAGAUUUUGGGAUUAUUGUGGAUUGGAGAAGCCGCUAGAUGUGCCGUCUUGUCCACCGCUUUGAGAGAUGCUUGGUACAAUCUUACUGAGCUUGAUUUUGAUGAUGCCUUCCAUCAUAACAUUGACUCAGAUUAUGAUGAUGACCCCGGCAUUUGGCAUGAUACCGUCAACAAUUACCUUAAGAAGCACACCGGAAGCAUUAAAAAGUUCGACAUUUGUUUUAGUUGCCGAGAAUAUCAAUGUGAUUUUGAUAUGUUGUUGCUUUCUGUGACGAAGAAAGGUGUUCAAGAACUCUACAUUACAAUAUAUACCGAUGAUCCUAUUAAAUACAGGCUGCCUGCUUGCAUAUUUAAAUGCCCUACACUGAAGAUUUUGCAAGCUUCUGGUGUUAAAAUUGACCCGAUAAAGGCGCGUUGUAUAUUUCCAAAUGUUACUUCUAUUAGUUUUAGUUAUGUUGACUUCAGCCCUAGGAAUCCUCAACUUCAUGCUGUUGAUAUUCCAAUGCUCGAAAGAUUGGAAUUCAAAUCAUGCAAAGACAUUUCUCAUUUUAACAUCACUGCUCCGAAACUUGGUGUUUUAUCAAUUAAAGAUUGUUACAUUGGCCGUGAUCAUGAUAGUGAUGACGAUGAUUACUACUAUGAAGAUGAUGACUCCCACUAUGCAAAUGCUAUAAAUGAAUUCAAUAAGAGACUACUUGAAUUCUUUAUGUCUGAAGAAGAGGAUGAUGAUGAUGAUGAUGAUGAUGAAAGUGAUUACAAUGACAAUAGCAAUAGUGGAGGUGAUGAUGAUGAUGAUGAUAGUGAUAUGUUUUGCUAUGACCCUCUCAAUGGAGAAGACAAAUCGGGUGGUGGUUUUCUCCCUGCAAACAUGGAUUUGGGAUCUAUUCGUGCACUUCAUUUGUGUCGUGGUGGUAUUGGGGCUGUUGUUGAUGACUUUAGAAUGAGACUUCAAAUGCCAGUGUUAGACGUGAAAUACUUAAACCUCUCAGGUGACUAUUUUCCACAUUCAGAUAGUAACUCUAAGUUAGUGAGUUUGCUGCGAAGUUGCCCAAAAUUAUGCAAACUUGAGAUAUGUUUUCAGCGUCAUGGGUUUGAGCCCCUUGAUUGUAGUGGAAGUUUUUCUGAUGUUUUGGAAAGACAUCACAAUCUACAUUACAGACACAACGCCCUCCGAGUUUUGAAGCUUAACUUAUUCUCAGGGUCCAAAUCUGAAUUGCAAUUUAUAAGGGGACUAAUAGCUUGCUUCCCAACAUGUAAGAAGGUGCUUGUUUGUUGUCCGAAAAGGUUCCGGUCCAGGGAGAAGGCAAAAAUUAAAGAGGAGAUUUUGAGUUCUUGUGCUGCCUCAUCAGCAGCAAAGAUCUAUUUGAAGUGAGAAGCCUUAUAGGUUUAUCCAUGUCCUAAACCCUCGUGAUAUGUAUGGGAGGAAGCUGAUCUCUUCUGCUCUGAAGCAGCAAGGAAUUUCAAUAUAUAUUGGUGUAAAAGGAUCUUUGCGUUUUUAGCUGUUUUGUUAGAACUAAACUGAAUUUAGUUCUGUGGUAGGACGCAAGUACAUAGACUGGUAAGCUUUAUCUUAGAUGUUUGUAAUUGGGGAGAGAACGAAUAUGUUCCUAAGUACCCUCCGCUUUAUAUUAGUUUUUCCAUAUUCCAUUUCAGCUGCUCCAUAAUGGUAGCCCGUCUUUGUUAGAGUCAAGCUUCAUUUUCUUCAAAUAAGCACAAGCAGUAGCAUCAGGGAGACAGCCUUCACACUUCGCAGGCUCCCUGCUUCUUCUUUCUUCUCAAGCUCAUCCCUAUCAAGGCCUUCAAAAGUUUAUUAUCAGCCUGUGUAAUUUGGUCAAUACUCAUGGUUAUGCUUAGAUAUUAAUUUUUAGUCUUCAUCCAGUAAAGUCAUGUAUUGGUUGAGAUUUCUUAGGUCUGGAUUAGAAAUGGUUGAUUUGAGAGAUAUGCAUAUAAUUAUAUAAAUCUUUGAUGAUAACAAAGUAUUUUAUGCACGCA